GGGCGGUCCGGAAGGGGAAUGAUGGUAUCUUUCGGGCGUCUCUCCAACUACAACCGCCCAAAGCCUUUACCCGAACCCACAAACAGUCCCAAAAAUGGUCAACCCCACCCUCGCCACCCUCGCGACCCUCUUCGCUCUCAGCGUAUCCUCCAUCGGCGUCCAUGCCCAAUGCACGGCGGCGCCCGGCACGCCCUUGACAAAGUCGUUCCCGCUCGCUGGGUUGUCGGCCGUCUCGCUGCUGGAGGUUCCCGCGCAGGGCGGGACAAAGUGGAAUGCGCCGAUUACGGCUGAAAGUCAGGCUGUGAGGGUGUUCAAUGAUGGCACUGGCCCAGACGUCGUAGUAACCAUCCAAAUCGACGGCCCCGCCGCCCUCCUCUCCCAAUUCACCACAAGCAUCGAUGAAACCUCCAACACCAUCACCGCAAAAGUCCAACAACCGCCCGUCAUCAACCAAGGGGAUUGCAUCAAAUCCCUCAUCUCCAUCACCUUCCCCGCCUCCACCACCAUCCUCCCACCGAUCACGAUCGACACAUCGAUCAGCACCAUCUACCUCCCCGCCACGCCCGCGAGCCUCGACAGUCUGUCCGUAUCCUCGACGUCGGGGGGUGUGUACUCCACCGCCGCGCUCACCGUCAAUAAAGACCUGCAAAUCAAAACAACAUCGGGCGACGUAUCCCUCAAAUCAGGUGUAUCCGCCGCUACCCUCGUCUCUUCCACAACCUCCGGAAACGCACGCUUCGCAAACGCCAGCAUCGCAUCCCAAGCUCGGCUCUCCGCCCAAUCCGGGUCCAUCACGGCGUUGUACGUGUCCCUGGGCAAAACCGCGACCACGCUGGACGUCAAGACAACCAGCGGUGACAUCGUCCUCGCCGGGCUGACCGCCUCGGGGGCAGCGACGGUGAAGGUGGAGACGAACAGCGGGAAUGGGUGGUUUGGGCUCGACAAGACAUCGUUCGGUAGCGUGGCUUUCAAAACGGAGGCCGGGACGCUGAAGUUGGGCAGCGGGAUCACGCCGUCACAGGCGGAUCAGAAGGCUGCGGGUGGGAAGAUUGGUGGUGGUGGGGAUGCGACGUUGACUGCGGCGUCGACGUCGGGGAAUCUGCAGGCAAUUGCGGAGGUCGUUUCUGGUGAUAGGUUUACGAUCCCGCAGACGGCGCCGGAUGUUCAGCAACCUUCCGAUGGUGACUGGGGUCGAUCGGUGGCCAGCGGUGCGGGGAGGAGCUUCCGAUGUGAAUUUUUUGGGAUUCUGGUUGGGUUCGCUGUGCUGUACACGCUGUGAUGUCGUGCAGUAGCGAUAGCAUUGCAUUGGACAUAUAUCAAUAUAUAUAUAUACAGAUACUUGGUACAAUAAUAAACCAAAACAUAAGCCUCUUCAAUUCCACUAUGUUCAACCCUUUUUUUUCUUGAUCCAUAAAGCGGCUAACUAAA